AUGCCGAAGCCUGCGCGCGCUGAGAUCAGCGCGCCCAGGCUUCGCGGACCUCUCCGCGAGCAGCGGCAGCGCUGCCGCUGCUUGCAGAGAGUUGCCGGCAUGCCGAGGCCUGCGCGCGCUGAGACCAGCGCGCCCAGGCUUCGCGGACCUCUCCGCGCGCAGCGGCAGCGCUGCCGCUGCUUGCGGAGAGUUGCCGGCAUGCCGAAGCCUGCGCGCGCUGAGAUCAGCGCGCCCAGGCUUCGCGGACCUCUCCGCGAGCAGCGGCAGCGCUGCCGCUGCGUGCGGAGAGUUGCCGGCAUGCCGAAGCCUGCGCGCGCUGAGAUAAGCGCGCCCAGGCUCGCGGACCUCUCCGCGAGCAGCGGCAGCGCUGCCGCUGCUUGCGGAGAGUUGCCGGCAUGCCGAAGCCUGCGCGCGCUGAGAUCAGCGCGCCCAGGCUUCGCGGACCUCUCCGCGAGCAGCGGCAGCGCUGCCGCUGCUUGCGGAGAGUUGCCGGCAUGCCGAAGCCUGCGCGCGCUGAGAUCAGCGCGCCCAGGCUUCGCGGACCUCUCCGCGAGCAGCGGCAGCGCUGCCGCUGCUUGCGGAGA